GCACCAGUUUACAGCGUUUAGCAUUGCUCAGUGAUUCCCUCAUUUGCCUGGCGAGCUGAGAGUCGCGCUUCCCUUAUCGGGUGACGGGUCUCUAGGCUACAUUAGCAAAAUAAAAAAUGGCGUUCACAUUCGCGGCCUUUUGUUAUAUGCUAGCAUUGCUCCUAACUGCAGCUCUCAUUUUCUUCGCUAUUUGGCACAUAAUUGCAUUUGAUGAACUGAAGACAGACUACAAGAAUCCGAUAGAUCAGUGUAACACAUUGAAUCCGCUGGUGCUCCCGGAGUACCUCAUCCACGUGUUCUUCUGCGUGAUGUUCCUGUGUGCGGCCGAGUGGCUCACCCUGGGGCUCAACAUGCCGCUGCUGGCCUAUCACGUGUGGAGAUACACGAGCAGGCCUGUGAUGAGUGGCCCGGGACUCUAUGACCCAACUACGAUCAUGAACGCCGACAUCCUGGCAUACUGUCAAAAAGAGGGCUGGUGCAAGCUGGCUUUCUACCUCCUUUCCUUCUUCUAUUAUCUCUAUGGGAUGAUCUACGUUCUGGUGAGCUCCUAAACGGAACUGACUGUUGACAGGGGAGGACAGGAGUGCAUGUAGGGAAGAAAGUCUACGACUUUAACUCAGAGUUGGAACCACAGCUGUGGAAGACUUCCCCUCGGUGGCAAACGAUAAACGGAUAAUGAACUCAACCCCACGUACAUCCCGAGCAUCAAUCACAGAAACUUAAAAAAAAUAAAAAAUGUCCAUUCAAAUAUUUUUUGCCACAACCACCUUUUUAUUGCAGCUCUCUCUUACUCUAUUUAAAGGACAGAAGAUUACCAACAAUAGGCCUGGGCAUCUUCUGUGUGUUUGAAUUCAGUAAAUUUGACUUUACAAAGUUUUCUCUUUUUUUCUUUUUGGACUUUAUGAAGCAGGUGAAGUGUUAUGUUUAAACUCACAUUGGCAAUUUGUUGUUGAGCAUUUAAAAAAAAAAAAAGAUGUUUUAUAGUCAAUUUCUUUUUAUAUUGUCUGAAUACUGUAUCAGAACAUUAUGAAGCAAAUGUCUUUAAAAAAAAAAAAAAAAGAACUGUUCCCAAGCGGUUUUGCAAGCGUCACACCCCCCUUGAGAAAUUACUGUGUAGUAAUUAUGUAAUGCUUAUUUUGUUGUCCAGGAGUGUUUGAAUUAAGCUCUUUUACGUGAUAACUUGUGCUUGGACCUCAUUUUAUCUGACUUCAGCUGUUUUUCUAAGUUAAUAAAAGCAACACCCAAUUCAAAUGCAUUUUGUAAUGAUUAUCGCCUGAUAAACUACGUAAUGCAUGGUGACAGUAUAAUUUACAGAUUUUCUUGGGUCAAGAAUGUAAGAAUUUUAAUUUAAACCCUCCUGGAUGAACCUGCUGAAAAUCGGAAUAUGCUUUCAAAUAUGACGAACCAAAAAUCAAGACCUUGUGUUAGAAAAUUAAUGUUUCAAAAUGCCCACGUACUAACAUCCUUCUGAAUGGUUAUCCAGGAAUUAAAUGUUUUAUGAUACGGGUGACCUUGAUGCUAUUGUGUAUCACACCAUACUGAAUUAUUUUAUUAUAUACUCAAUAGAUAUGUAACGGACUGCCUAGGGGCCAGAAUUUUUACUUGGAAAUUUUUAAGUAAGGGACACCUUGCUGUCACAAGGAAUUGAGUCCCCUGGGACUCAAACCAAAGCUUAUAAAAUGACCAUUAAGAUCCAGUAAAGUACUUUGGUGUUCUAGUAAUCAAUGGCAGGAGAACUGUCCCAUAACUAAAACAAGCCUACGCUUUGGAAUGGCGGGUGUACAGUCACUUAAUUUUACAGCAUUCUUGAAUGCAAUUAUAUUUGUUUACAAUUUUAUCAGUACCUUAACACUCCCUAGAAUGCCUCUCAUGAAAGACAUUUAUAUAAUGACAUUCUGAAUUGUUCUUUCUGGAAUGUUUGGCAGUGGUGUAUAGGCUCAGUCAUAAGAGAAAAGUUUUCCAGGGUCACAAGGGAACUACACAGAAUUUGCCAAUGACUGUGUCAUCCUUGAACUUUUUGCCAUUAAAGUGAAAUUUCCUAGUAACCUGAAAAUAAUGGAAACCGUUGUGUUAGACCACAUGAAUCUUGUAUUCUGUAAAUGUGAAAAUAGUUAUUUGAAUCACUACUGAAAUGUAGAUCGGAUACAGACGUUAUAGAUACGGUAGAGGAUUGGAAGUUGAAAUGAAUCAAUUAAAAUGCAAAUAAAUCCCA